AUGAGUAUUUUCUCCAUCACUGCAAUAGCUGUGGAUCGUUACAUUGCAAUCAAGCACCCCCUGAAAUUCCGAACCUGGAGGUCCCCAGCGAAAGCUGCUUACACAUGCUGUGCCCUAUGGUUUCUUUUCAUUGCUAUGGGUGUUUUCCGUAUUUUGCAGAGCCGAGAUUUUACACUCACCACUUGCUUCCAAAAAGUCACCACUGAACCCUUUAACAUGGCUCUUGUCUUUGUCCUGGUUGGUUUUACUGUUCCGUUGAUCAUUAUCAGCUAUUGCUCCGGAGAAGUUCUAAUGCUUCUCCGCAAGAAAAACGCGUCCGAUACUUGUGAGAAGAAAGCAGUGAGGAAGGCCUUCAAUAUAAUUAUGGCCAACUUGGUAGUGUUUGUUGUCUGCUUCUUACCCGUCCAUGUGGGUUACACUGUGCGCUUUAUAACCGAAUCUCUCAAUGCCACUUGUCACACAUGGGAGAAAGUUAAUUUUUACACACAUGUGGCAACUUUGGUGGCAAAUUCCAACUGUGUCCUAGACAGUGUGUGUUAUUUUUUUGCAGCACAUGAAUUCUGGAAAGCUACAAUCCUUUAAUAAGCAUGUACAUUACUAUCUGCUUGCCGACAAUUAACUAAUAAAAGUAUUGUAUAAUUAGAUCUUGUAGCAAACCAAUCUCAAAUAAAUAAAUAAAAUAGAUAUUCACCAUAAUUUAGCAUUUUAUAAAUUCACUGAUUCUUCAUUCAAUUUCCAUGACUCAAAUUUGCCCUCAACCAUCUUAUCACAAGGCUGGAUAAGUAGAUGGACUGAGGAAUUUUUUGUCCUGUAUGACUCUCCACUUGCACAGUUAUAAAAGUGUAGGGAUACGACCGUGUCUCUAAACUGUGCUGUCUGAGUAUGUCCUAAAUCUCUUCAGCAUCAGAGGCAGCACUGUCUGUAUACUGAUCUGUACUACUCUGCCUGGCAGGUCUGCACUGUAAGUCUCGUCAGAUCCCAAGCAAAACCCACCGUGCCAACUGGCCAUGAAGAGAAGUGA